AUGGCCGAACCACGUGGAGCCUGGGCACGACCUCGUCCUUCUGCAUCCCGCACACCACAAUCACGAUCUUCAAACGCAUCACCAGCACCGGCGGCUUCUGCUGCACCUUCCAAGCCCGGUGUCUCGCCCGCUCCAACUUCCGCACCCCCGGUCAACGUGUGGGCCACCAGAGCGGCAGCACAGAAGGCCACACCUGCUCCGGCUCCUGCCACUGGAAAGAAGGAGGAGAGCGCCCCGGCGGCGGCCGCUGGAGGGCAAGAGAAGCAUGUGCCUUUGAACGGCUUCAACCAUGUCGAGGUCAAACAGUUUUUGAGCAGAGAAAAGGGCUCGGUGUACAAGACCGACAAGAGUGGAAAUGCAUCAGGCGGAAAGCCAGGCAGCAUGGCCAACGGACAGUCUUUCUUCAACCUACUGAACAAGCAAGUCACGGCGCUCCAAGCAAAGUAG